AUGAGAAAACCUUUUGCUCGUUCUACUCUCUGUGCAUUGGUUCUACAAGGAGCGCUGGUACAUAGUGUUCAUCACAGUACACACGACGUUCGCGACUCAUCAAUUAGCCUCUCACCUGCCGCUAUGUUAGCUGCACAUGGUGGCGAUGACAUCCCACAAUGGGAAAAUGUAGUCAAUCGCAAAAGAGCGGAGCGCGAAGCUCUUCUUCCAUCGGAAUGGAAAGUGACGGCACCUUCCAACGAAACCAGUUUCAGCCCCCGCGAAGUUGUCAUUAAGAGUGGCAUUCUUUCCACUGAAGAGCUGGACAUCACAGACACUUCAAAAUACGAUCUCACAGAAACGGCGAAACGGAUUGCUUCUGGUAAUCUUUCGGCGGAGAAAGUUGUCACCGCUUUCUGCAAACGCGCAACCGCAACGCAUUCGCUGGCCAACUUCCUUACCGAAAUCAACUUCAAAGCGGCUAUCGAGCGUGCUAAGGAGCUUGACAGCAUCUUUCAGAGAAAUGGCACCGUUUUGGGCCCUCUACACGGCAUCCCAAUCACGAUCAAAGAUGCCAUGGACUUGGAGGGCUUUGCUGCAUCGGAAGGACUCACCCUUCUUGCGGACGCUAUUGCGCCUAACAACGGAGUCCUCAUUCAAAUUCUCAUCGAUGCUGGUGCCGUCAUCAUUGCUAAGACAAAUAUGCCUCAGACGGGCCUUGCGGCAGACACCAACAGCAUUCUUUGGGGCCGUACCUUGAACGCCCACAACAGCCAUUUUGGCGCUGGAGGUUCCACAGGUGGAGAGGGCGUGGCAAUGGCAACAAGCUCGUCUCUUUUCGGAGUCGGUUCUGACGGCGCAGGGUCCUGCCGGAUGCCUGGCCAUGCCAAUGGCGCUAUCGGCUUUCGUCCGAGCGGAUCGAGAUUACCUCCAGGUGGCCGCAAUCUGCCCUGGUCUCCCGGUCGUGGCGGAAUUGGCCCAGCAGCCGGCGAGGGGUUCUUUGCGCAAUCGGUCCGCGACCUUCGCCUUGUCUCCAAGCUCGUUUCGGAUGCUCAACCCUGGGAAAGAUCAAGCUUUCUGCUGUAUCCGAGCCCUUGGCACAACGAGAGCGUGCCUAAAAAGCUUCGAAUUGGCGUUUGGGAUGUGGAAAGCUCGAAUACUUUUAUUCAUCUAUUUCCCCCAGUGCUUCGUGGCUAUAGGGCAGCUAUAGAUCGGCUCAGAGAAGCUAGCAUUGAGCUAGUGCCAUUCAGUCCUCCUGACCUCAGCGCAGUAUGGGAGCUCUGCAAAGAAUUUCUUCUUUUUCAAGGAAUUGAGGGAAUCACUGAGCUAAUAUCACAAGAACCAAUCACCGAGAUUGUCCGCCGGACUGGCAUCUUCAUUCCAGACACCCCACGGUUCCCCAUCAGCGUGCAGACACUGUAUGAUCUUAAUAUUCAGCUGAUGAAUCUUUCAAGCACUAUGGAUGAUGAGUGGAAUAGCAGUGGCGAGCCUUUAGACGCUUUACUUUCUGUCACGGCAGCGAAUACUGCUCUGCCGUUCGACCAAUGGUUUGACACAUCCUAUACAUCCAUUUACAACAGCGUCGAUUUCCCCGCCAUUAAUCUACCCCUCAACAUGACGGUCGAUCGGGAGCUCGACUCCAAGUACGAAAAUUUCAAGCCCUUCUCCCCGGAAGACAAGCGACUGGAAGCACUGUACGACCCAGAGACCUUCCAUGGCUUACCCUUGUCCGUCCAACUGGCAGCGCGCAAGUUUGAAGACGAGAAGCUGUUAGCAAUUGCGGAAUUAAUUCAUCCAAUAAUCAAAGCCAAGUAG